GCCGCAGGCCGGGGCGGGUCCAGGGGGUGGAGCCGGCCGGUGACCGGGCGUGACGCGGGCCGCGGCCGCGCAUAUAGAGGCGGCCCCGGGGGCGCAGGGACGGAGCUCCGCCGCCACCACCACCACCACCACCACCACCACCACCGCCAUGCGGGAGAUUGUGCACCUGCAAGCCGGCCAGUGCGGCAACCAGAUCGGGGCCAAGUUCUGGGAGGUGAUUAGCGAUGAACAUGGCAUCGACCCCACCGGCACCUACCACGGUGACAGCGACCUGCAACUGGAACGCAUCAACGUGUACUACAACGAGGCCACAGGGGGGAAUUAUGUCCCGCGAGCCGUGCUGGUGGACCUGGAGCCUGGCACCAUGGAUUCCGUGCGCUCCGGCCCCUUCGGCCAAAUCUUCCGGCCUGACAACUUUGUGUUCGGCCAAUCCGGAGCCGGCAACAAUUGGGCCAAGGGCCACUACACGGAGGGCGCCGAGUUGGUGGAUGCCGUCCUGGAUGUGGUGCGGAAGGAAGCAGAGAGCUGUGAUUGCCUGCAGGGCUUCCAGCUGACCCACUCGCUGGGCGGGGGCACCGGCUCCGGCAUGGGCACCCUGCUCAUCAGCAAGAUCCGCGAAGAAUUCCCAGACCGCAUCAUGAACACCUUCAGCGUGGUACCAUCGCCCAAGGUGUCGGACACGGUGGUGGAGCCCUACAACGCCACGCUGUCCGUGCACCAGCUGGUGGAGAACACGGAUGAGACCUACUGCAUUGACAACGAGGCCCUGUAUGACAUCUGCUUCCGCACGCUCAAGCUCACCACGCCCACCUACGGGGACCUCAACCACCUGGUGUCUGCCACCAUGAGCGGGGUCACCACCUGCCUGCGCUUCCCGGGCCAGCUCAACGCUGACCUGCGCAAGCUGGCCGUGAACAUGGUGCCCUUCCCGCGCCUGCACUUCUUCAUGCCCGGGUUCGCGCCCCUCACCAGCCGGGGCAGCCAGCAGUACCGUGCGCUGACGGUGCCCGAGCUCACCCAGCAGAUGUUCGAUGCCAAGAACAUGAUGGCCGCCUGCGACCCGCGCCACGGCCGCUACCUGACCGUGGCCGCCGUCUUCCGGGGCCGCAUGUCCAUGAAGGAGGUGGAUGAGCAGAUGUUGAGCGUACAAAGCAAAAACAGCAGCUACUUCGUGGAGUGGAUCCCCAACAACGUCAAGACGGCCGUGUGUGACAUCCCACCCCGUGGCCUCAAGAUGGCUGCUACCUUCAUUGGCAACAGCACGGCCAUCCAGGAGCUGUUCAAGCGCAUCUCGGAGCAGUUCACGGCCAUGUUCCGGCGCAAGGCCUUCCUGCACUGGUACACGGGCGAGGGCAUGGACGAGAUGGAGUUCACCGAGGCCGAGAGCAACAUGAACGACCUGGUGUCCGAGUACCAGCAGUACCAGGACGCCACGGCCGAAGAGGGCGAGUUCGAGGAGGAGGCCGAAGAGGAGGUGGCCUAGCCGGCCCGCAGCCCCAGCCAGCAGCACCUGCACAGGCCCCUGUGCCACGGGGCUUCGCCUACCUUUCCUUUCAUCCUUGACCCUCCACGACCACCUCCACUUGGAGCCCUGUUCCCUGAGCCUCCCCCAGACCUGUGAACCCUGCUUUUGCGCCCUGCGAGCCUGCCUCUACCUCUUAGCUACAGAAGCACCGCCCCCACCCCUUUGCCUCCCUGUCACUUGCCUCAGCGUCCGCCCACCUGU